UCGGCGGUUGCGGAUCGCUUUUUUCUCUCGCGUGUUUACAGCGUCGUCUAGUGACUUCGUCGAGGGACACACUUCGGUUCCGCCUCUCUACGUCUCUCUUCCCCCCCUCACGGUGGUUCUCCCCGCCCCCCCUUCUCGUGUCUUGUCCCCCCCCUCCCCCCGUCGGGUUAUCGUGCGAUAUUCGUGAAUGUGCGCGGCCAGGAAGCCGGUCCCGAAGGAAACAUGCGUGAGCAGAGCUGGAGGACAACGGCUGCGACGACGAGGAACACGUGGCACGUGACUGCGGCACCCUCGCACGUUCUGCUGCAGUGAAAGUGGAGAGAGAAAGGGAGGGAAAAUCGAGUGAUAGAAACACCACGUCCUUUCUCCUUCCAUUGUUAUCGGUAUCGGAGGCUGUGCGUCGCGACAGGGAGUAAUAAUAGAGUGCCCCGGUGGUUGGUGCGUUAUACAUAUAUAUAUAUAUAUACGUGAGUUUCUUUAAUCGCGCCGCGGAGGAGGAAUCCUGGCACGUUUCCGGCGACGCUCGAACCAACCCAGAAAAGAUGAGGCGUACCAUCUUGGGAACGAGGAUGCAUCCUGUGUUGUCCUGCUGGUGCGUCGUCGCCACGGUCACCCUGGCCCUAGCUGCCUGGCAGGAGAACAUCAGGCCGAAGAUGUACGUCCAGCUCGGUGCGGAGGAUGUGUUCAGGUUUACGGGAAACGAGACGCACACAGACUACUUUCGGCUGGUGCUGCGGGACGGGAACUAUCUUCUGGUCGGCGGAAGAAAUCUCGUGCACAACCUGAGCCUGACCGAUCUGACCGAGCAGCAGAGGCUGACUUGGUACUCGUCGGACAGCGACGUGAAGAUGUGCCUGGUUAAAGGCACGCCGGAAGAGAAUUGUCAGAAUUAUGUUCGCAUUCUGGUGAAGAGGGACGCGAACACGUUGCUGGUUUGCGCGACGAACGCGUUCAAACCGAUGUGCCGGGAGUACGGCGUGCACGCUGGGAAUUACACGAUGCUGAAGGAGAAGGUGGGCCAGGCGAUGUGCCCCUACGACCCACGACACAAUAGCACCUUCGUCUACGUGGAUGGCGAGGUGUACACAGGCACGGUGGCCGAUUUCGCGGGAAUGGACCCCAUCAUUUACAGGGAGCCGCUGCAAACGGAGCAAUACGACUCCAAAAGCCUCAACGCGCCGAACUUCGUGAGCUCCAUGUCCCAGGGAGACUUCGUCUACUUCUUCUUCCGGGAAACCGCCGUGGAAUAUAUCAAUUGCGGCAAGACCGUUUAUUCUCGCGUGGCGAGAGUCUGUAAGUACGAUCGAGGCGGACCACAUCGGUAUCGCAAUAGGUGGACCUCGUUCCUAAAGUCUCGUCUUAAUUGCUCCGUCACCGGAGACUUUCCUUUUUACUUCAAUGAAAUACAAUCAACGACGGAGCUGAUAUCGGGUCAGUACGGGAAUAAGUCGGCUCAGUUAAUAUACGGCACGUUCACCACCCCUGUGAACAGCAUCAGCGGCUCGGCCGUUUGCGCCUUCUCCCUGCAGGACAUCGCCGACACCUUCAAGGGCAACUUCAAGGAGCAGAGCGCUAUCAACUCCAACUGGCUGCCCGUGCAGAGCGCCAAGGUCCCGGACCCGAGGCCCGGUCAAUGCGUCAACGACUCACGCACCUUGCCCGACCUGACACUAAAUUUCAUCCACACGCACUCUCUCAUGGACGAGCUGGUCCCCAGCUUCUUUGGACAGCCCAUCGUCAUCCGCACCAGCUUCCACUACAGGUUCACCCAGAUCGCCGUGGAUCCCCAAGUGAAAACCCCCAGCGGAAAGACGUACGACGUGCUGUUCAUCGGCACGGACAACGGGAAGGUGAUCAAGGCGGUGAACGCGGAGUCCGCUGACACCCACACGAAGGUCAGCCCGGUGGUGAUCGAGGAGAUCCAGGCGUUCCCGUCGACGGUGCCAGUGCGGGGUAUAAAAGUGGUGAGGGCGUCGCAGGCGGGCGACGGCCUCGAAGAUGGCAGACUGGUCGUCAUCGCCGACAGCCAGGUCCAGGCCCUGAGGCUCCAUCGCUGCUACAGCGAUAGGAUCCUGUCGUGCGGCGAGUGCGUGGCCCUGCAAGACCCUUAUUGCGCCUGGGACAAAGUGGAGGGCAAAUGCAGAGCCCUUGUAGGACCAGUAGCCACAAAUGCCAGCAGGUUCUUGCAAAGCGUCGCGACGGGGUUGCACAGCUCCUGCCCCCCGAGCAAAGGCCUGAACAAGGACGCUGGAAGCGUGGGCGCCAUUUCCGCGAACCAGAACAAAUUCCCCCAGGACUCCAUGAUCCCCAACAAGGAGGGCCAAGGUGGGGAGAUCAUCAACAUCAUGCAAGACGACGAGGAACAGAAUGGCUCAGGUCCAGAGGUGACUGCAGCAGACUCGCCACCGCCGCAGUACUCCUUGAAAACUUUGGUGAUAGCGGUGGUAGCCGGUGCGUUGGCGGCACUGUUGGUCGGUUUUGUAGCUGGCUGCCUGUGCGACAGGAAAUGCAGGAAAGACGAGGAUGACAAUCUGCCGUACCCGGACACGGAGUACGAGUACUUUGAACAACGCCAGAAUGUUAACAGGCUAGCACCGGAGCCAAAGUUGCUGCCUCAGGAGGAAGUGACGUACGCGGAGCCGGUGUUGGUUCCCCAGCCACCCAAGCUCCAUUCACCGAAGGGGACGAUGCGAAAGCCGCCACCUACGCCUACGGAAACGCUGUUCCAGUUCCCGGACGGGUACGGUUUCCGCGGACCCAGGGACAACUUUGGUACUCUGCGGUCCCACCAGGGCGACGCGUAUCGACGCAACGACGGGUUCGCGACCACCCGCAGCGUGAAGAAGGUUUAUCUCUGA